UGAGGCCGUAUUCAAAUUUUGGCGUUCAGGAUUGAGAGACCGAUAUAUUUAUUAUUUAUUUCCAAAACGAUGAACGUUCCUUCCAAAUCCCCUGUACAACUUUUUUCGAAAGAGACUCAAGCUAUAUUCUUUAACUAUAAGCCGCAACCCAUACAACGUAUGCUAGACUUUGACUAUGUCUGUAAACGGAAGAAUCCUUCUGUUGCUGCAAUCGUAAACCCUCAAAGUGCAAGUGGCGGUUUUCAAAAGGCGUUUUUUGGACGAUGCGAAAUAGCCAUUCCAGUAUAUGACUCGAUAGAAGAAGCCUCCUCGAAACAUCCGAAAGCAGCCGUGUUUAUCAACUACGCUUCCUUCCGUUCCGCGUUUGAAUCUUCUUUGACAGCCUUGCAGCAGCCAACGAUACAAACUGUGGUUAUCAUAGCAGAAGGAGUUCCCGAACGAAAUACCAAAGUGUUGAUUGCUCGAGCGAAACAAUAUAACAAGAUUGUCAUAGGACCCGCCACAGUUGGUGGAAUUCAAGCUGGAUCAUUUAAAAUAGGAGAUACUGCUGGUACGAUAGAGAAUAUAUAUCGUUGUAAACUGUAUCGUCCAGGUUCUGUUGGUUUCGUAUCCAAGUCAGGUGGACUAUCAAAUGAAAUGUAUAAUGUGCUUGCACGAACGACAGAUGGAAUAUUUGAAGGUAUUGCUAUUGGAGGAGACACGUAUCCAGGUUCCACAUUAGCUGAUCAUGUUUGGAGGUUUGAGCAGAUACCUAAUAUAAAGAUGAUUGUUGUUCUAGGUGAAUUGGGUGGCAGAGAUGAAUAUCAAGUUGCGGAAAUGGUAAAGAAGGGACUCAUAAAAAAGCCCAUUGUUGCUUGGGUUUCAGGUACAUGUGCCAGUUGUUUUCAUGCUUCUGAGGUUCAGUUUGGACAUGCUGGUGCUAAAUCUGGUGAAAGUGAUACUAGUGCCUUAUCUAAGAAUGCUGCUCUAAAAAGUGCAGGCGUACAUGUUCCUGAUUCUUUUGAAGCAUUUGCGGAACACAUUCAACUUGUAUAUGAACGUCUGGUAAAAGAUGGAGUUAUCAUUCCUGCUGUUGAGAUUGCACCAGAAAUUCUUCCAAAGGACUUGCAUACUGCUUUAAAAGAAGGUCACAUUCGAAAAGCAACUCAUAUUGUUAGUACGAUAAGUGAUGAUAGAGGAGAGGAGCCACUUUAUUUAGGGAUACCUAUUUCGGAAGUGAUUCAACAACAAAUGGGUAUAGGAGAUGUUAUUUCUCUGCUUUGGUUUAAGAAAAAGUUGCCAAGAUGGGCAUCGAAAUUCAUUGAAAUGUGCUUGAUAGUUGCAGCAGAUCACGGACCUUGUGUUUCUGGCGCUCAUAAUACUAUUGUUACAGCCAGAGCAGGCAAGGAUUUGAUCUCUUGUUUGUGUUCAGGGUUAUUAACUAUUGGACCUCGUUUUGGUGGUGCUAUUGAUGAUGCAGCAAUCAACUUUAAGAAAGCCUUGGACAAUAGUGUACCACCAGAUGUAUUUGUAGAAGAUUUGAAGCGUCAAGGCCGCCGUGUGGAAGGAAUUGGUCAUCGUAUAAAGACAGCAGAAAAUCAAGAUAAACGAGUUGAGUUACUUUGCCAAUAUGCAAAACAGCAUUUUCCAGCCAUGAAGUAUUUCAAUUACGCUCGAGCCGUAGAGUCUUAUACUUUACAAAAGGCUAACAAUUUAGUAUUGAACAUUGAUGGCUGUAUUGGCUCACUUUUAGUUGAUUUACUUUCUUCUUGUGGUUGUUUUCAUGAACAAGAAGUGAAAGAAAUAUUAGAAUUGGGUGCCUUGAAUGGUCUUUUUGUAUUAAGUCGUUCCAUGGGUCUUAUUGGACAUGCUUUAGAUCAAAAGAGAAUGAAACAGCCUUUAUAUAGACAUCCUACAGACGAUGUUUUAUAUGCUACCGAAUGAAGAAGUAAUGACAUUUUCCUCGUCUUCUCUUUUUUUUUUGGAAAAUAAAAGUUGGGUGGAAAAUUUUUUUCGU